AUGGGUUCUCUUUCCUUCCCUUCCCCAUCUCGAGCAGCUCCACACUCGCCGGAAAAUUCCACAUGGAGGUACUCUAUUUUUGCCUCAUUUUCUUCAACUAUUGUAACGAAUGAUACCACUGUUACAAACUGGAUAGCAUGUUAUGAUCCUUCUAAUAACACUUGGAGUUACGUUACUUCGAUUCCCGAUUUGCCCGAAAAUCAUGUGCUCAAGGACUUCGCUAUGGUGUCAAUUUCAAAUUCAAUUUACAUUAUAGGUGGUCGACUUUGUCGAAAAGAGAAAACUCAAAAUGCUCAAUAUGAAAACGAUGAAUUUUUCGAUAGUGAUAUUAAUGUACUAUCAUCGGCAUUACGUUAUGACAUUAAUUCUAAUCAAUGGUCAAAAUGUGCAUCACUUAACGUACCACGUUACAAUUUUGCAUAUGUAGUUAAAGACAAUAAGAUUUAUGUAGCUGGAGGACAAUCAACGUUAGGUAGUGCUAGGGGUACUUCAUCAUCUGAGGUUUAUGAUCCCUUAGUUGAUGAAUGGACUCAAUUGCCAAAUAUGAAUAGAUCAAGAUGCAAAUGUGUAGGUGUGACGUGGCAAGGAAAAAUCCACGUGGUUGGUGGAUUUGUCCAAGGUGGAGGUUUUUCGCAAUACGUGGACCGUUGUUCGGCUGAGCUGUAUGACACGUCAAGGGGACAGUGGGACCUUAUGGCAGGGAUGUGGCAAUUAGAUGUGCCAGCUAAUCAAAUAGUUGAGGUAAAUGGUAGGUUAUUUAGCUCUGGGGAUUGUCUUAAUGCAUGGAAAGGUCAUAUUGAGGUAUAUGAUGGGAAACUUAAUAUAUGGUAUAUGGUUGAAGGUUCACAAAAUAAUAUUUUUCCCUCUGAAGAAAAUGGACAACCAAUUAUUCGACUAUACUUAACAAUGGUCCCAGUUGGGACACAUUUGUAUUUCUUGGCUGGUUAUCGGACGGUCGAUAAUCCAUCAAUGACUAUAUCGGUGGUCUAUGCAUUUGACACGUCAGCAACAGGAGGUGAAUGGAAGAGCUUUGAGCCAAUGCAAGAGGAAGGAGAAAGAGAACUAUGUAGCCAUUGUUGUGUUGUCCAACUCUCUUAG